GGGGGUUGGAGAGCAGAGCAGUGAGGUCGUUCUGGUAGGAACAGCCAGUGGGCGGUUCUGGUUGAGAGCUCCCCAGAGGUGAGAGGACAAGCCAGCCACAACACACAGGUCCAAGCUUUGAGAAUAGGAACAGCACCAUCAGCAUCAUGGUAUCACAGGCCAAAACCAAAGGGGCUGUCGACACCUUCACUCCAGAGGGCACAGUUAUCCCCAAAAGAGAGAAACCUGGACACACUUACCAAAAAGAUUAUUACCGACAGAAUGAUCUGCAAAAAGAAGCCACAGUUCUUGGAACUAUCCAGAUCCUAUGUUGCCUGAUGAUUUUAAGUUUGGGGGCCAUUUUGGUUUCUGCUUCCUACCCCUCCCACUUCGAUCCAGCGGUUUCCAAGGUGUUGAUGUCCGGGUACCCAUUUGUAGGAGCUCUGUGUUUUGGUGUUACUGGAUCUCUCUCAAUUGUCUCUGGAAAAAAAUCAACUAAGCCCCUUGCCCUGAGCAGCCUGAUCUCAAAUGCAAUGAGUUCUGUCAGUGCUGGAGCAGGCCUCCUCCUCCUCACUGAUGGCCUGGUGACCUUGGAGACAGCCUCUCAACGCUGUGUCUCAGGCAAGGAAUAUCUAUCCUCACUGCCUUAUUCGGAGUACUAUUACUCAUUGUAUGAAGUCAGGGACUGUGUCUCGACCCACAAAAGUCUAACAGGUGCUCUGGUGGUGAUGCUCACAUUCACUGUGCUGCAGCUCUUACUAGCUGCAUACGCUUCUAUCUUUUGGUGGAGACAGUUCUACACGGAGAACCCUGGGAGUAAAUUAUCCUUGCCUUAAUCAGAAGAUCAUAUCCAAUAUGCCCAGAAGAGUUCUUCAAGGUCAUAGAAAUGAGUAACUUUUGACCUCAGAAGAAAAAGCCGGCAUGCAUGCAAAGUAUGAUUAGACUUUCCUGAAAUCUCAGCCAUUUUAGAUCCU